GCUCCCCAGUGAUGCCAAGCUGGGCCCAUCAGACUUUGAGGACAGGCUUGAGCAGCUGACAGCCAGGUACGAGGAGAGGAUUAUAGAGCUGCACAGUGUCAUUGCAGAGCUCAGGAAGAAAUUGGAGAGGCAUCAGAUCAAUGUCAUCAGGUGAGGAAGUGUUAGCCAUCACUAUGACAGUUUUUGCAAUUUAAUGACAUUAGAGAGGCGAUUAGAUCAAUGUCACCAGGUGAGGUGUUAGCCGUCACUAUGACAGUUGUUGUAAAUAAUGACAAAUUAGAGAGACAAUUAGAUCAAUGUCAUCAGGAGAAGAAGUGUAAAUGUCACUGUGACAGUCUUGAAAUUUGAUGACAUUUUAGAGAGUGGCAUCAGAUCAGUGUCAUAAUGUUUGUGUUUUUUUAAAAUGUCACUUUGACAGUUGUAGAUUAGAUAACAUUAUAGACUGUCUGCAUAGAUCAAUGGUAAGCAAUUUUUUUUCAGGGAAGAGGCAUAUUUAUCAAUUAUUUCUACUAAGAAAAUAUAUUUUGGGGCUGCAGGCAUGAGCAGGUUUGUCAAAUGUCAAUUAAAGAUUGGUAUAAAAAAAAUUAAAAUCCACAUCUAUUCCUUCAGAGAGCCACUUUUAGCCCCAGAGCCACCAUUAGCAGACCACCUGUAUGAUAUAUGUUAAAUGCUCAUGUGGCUGUUUGAAUUGAUUCAAAUAAGUUGUUUUGCCUUCCAGAGAAGAGGAUGAGUAUGAGGAAUCAGACCAAGGACAGAGCAAUGAUGGGGAGAGUGUUAAAGGUAGGUCCAGGUGUCCUGAGCAGUGGGUGAUGUAAAGUUAUGUCCAGGUAUGUGGGGAGCGGUUGGUCCAGAUAUCUUGAGUGCUUUGGCCGGUUAGGGAAUGUUAAAGGUCAAGCCCAGGUAUUUUGAGGAGUGCUUUGGCUGGUUAGUGACUGUUAAAGGUAAGCCCAGGUAUUUUCAGGAGUGCUUUGGCUGGUUAGGGAAUGUUAAAGGUAAGCCCAGGUAUUUUGAGGAGUGCUUUGGCUGGUUAGUGAGUGUUAAAGGUAAGCCCAGGUAUUUUGAGGAGUGCUUUGGCUGGUUAUUGAGUGUUAAAGGUAAGCCCAGGUAUUUUGAGGAGUGCUUUGGCUGGUUAGUGAGUGUUAAAGGUAAGCCCAGGUAUUUUGAGGAGUGCUUUGGCUGGUUAGUGAGUGUUAAAGGUAAGCCCAGGUAUUUUGAGGUGUGCUAUGGUUGAUUAGGGAGUGGUAAAUGUAAGCCCAGGUAUUUUUAGGAGUGCUUUGGUUGUUUAGUGAGUGUUAAAGGUUAGCCCAUGUAUCUGGAGGAGUGCUUGGGCUAUCUAGGGAGUGUAAUUAGAGGUGAAAACAUGCUUCAACUCGUAGGGACAAACUAAUUUUCAAUGUUUGAUAGAAAGGCUGUUAUGCCUUGUCACAUAAAUAAAUAUGUAAUCAUAGUAUGUGAGGGUGCGAUAUAUUGUUUCCAGGGAUCCUGUUUUAUGAGUCACACUUGGGCUUUAAAACUAGAGAGGAUCAUUAUAGUACUAAAGAAACUAUUUCAUGCUUGACAUUUCAGCCAGUUUAUCUUGAAGCCAUUAAGCCUGAUCUCUUGCAAUGUUAGUUUAUUGUGAAGCAAUUGAGACUGAUUUCUUGCAAUGUUAGCUAUUUCCUGCCUGCCCAUUCUCACCUUCCAUCAGAAAAGUGCAGAAAUAUCAAAACUUAAUGUCGCUCACUCAUAUCUAUAUAAAAAUAUUUACUGAACUUCAUACAGAUGAUAACAACGAAAUCAGCCAAGAAUUCAGCCGUGUGGUGUCUGAGAUCGAGACGGCCAUGGCCAAAAAACCCCAGCAGCCAGGUCAAGGCAGUGAUGUCCUGAUGGCCACAAGUUUCACUAUGGAGCCAGGAAUUGAGGAGAAGAAGGUCGGUUGCUUCAGUUGGAUUUUAAAGCUAUCAUUUCAUUUCUACUGCUGUAAUUUAAUGUUAGUCACAUUGCAGUAGGGAAGGCCAGUGUCAGAGUAGUGGCUCAGAAGUUUUCUCUCCAGUAGGAAAUAUCACUUAAAUUAAUUUUUAAAAUACAUGGCAACUGCUGCGCACGACUUAAGUCAUUUGGAAAUAAUCAACCAAGCCUUAGGGUUGAAACUGAGAUAAGUUUGUUUUCAUGUGUAUACAGUCUAGCCUUCUGGCCCUUACAGUGGGAACGUUAUUGUGAAAGUUUUAUGUUUCAGGCAACAGAAGAAAGCCCCAAGGACCAUGAGGAGGUCCCUCCAAAGCUCCCGCCUCGAGCUCUGAGGCCGAGCUCCCUGGCUAGCAGCAACUCUAUGACUUUUGACCCACAGUUGCGAUCCGAUAUGAUGGCCUUGAAAACGGACAACGAAGAGCUGCGUCGCCAGACAUCGAACCUGGAGGUGGAACUGGGCCAGAUGUCGGAGCAGAUGGGGACAGUGAUGAAAGAGAAGGAGAACCUCAUGAAGAAGGUGUGUAUACUUCCUCCUCUGCUUUUAUAAUGUUUUCUUGCAUGUUCCUAUCCCUACUUGUUUAAUCAUCUUUACACUUUCAGCCAUCUCUACUUGUUCAAUCAUCUCUACUUGCUCUAUAAUCUCCAUAUGUUCAAUCAUCUGUGCUUGUCAAGUCAUCUCUUCAUGUCCAAUCAUCUCUACUUGAUUACCCACAUUCACUUGUCUACUAAUAACUCUACUUUUCUGUCCACACCUCUACUUGCUCUUUAUACUCCUAUCUCUAUAUGUAUGCUCCUACCCCAUGUCUGCUUGAUACACUCAUAUCUAUGCUUUUUUUUUUACACCUGGCUGUACUUGUUAAAUCCUAGCUCCACAUGUAUGUACAUGUACAUCCACUGCUAGUUGUAAAUCUUUUCCUUAAAUUUACACGUCUUGUUUUAAUCUCCCCUCCUCCUCCCUACUGCUCCCCCUGCUCUUCCCCCCCCCCCCGCCCCACCUUUUCCCAUAGUUCCAAACAUGAUUUCAAUGUUUUUUAUUCUACCUUUAGGUUUUUCCCCCCCCCCCCCCGCCCCACCUUUUCCCAUAGUUCCAAACAUGAUUUCAAUGUUUUUUAUUCUACCUUUAGGUUUUGGAACUUCAGCAACGUAUCCAGAGUUACAGCAGCGCUGCAAGUCCAAGUCAGAGUCGAGUUGUCACCCCCACCAAACAUACAAGCACCCCUCCUCCACAUAUUGACAGGUAAUUUCAUGAAAAUCUCUGGUCUGUUUAACUUGGACUGAGAAAUCUCUACACUCAAGCAUUAAAUGAAAAAAAAAAAUUAAACAUUUUUAAAAUUCUACAUAUGCAUGGCGACUGAUUUCUUCCAAGUAGGGCUUGACUUUUACCGGGUCAGAUAUCAACAUCAGUGUUUGCCACUACUACAGUGUUAGCCACUACUACAGAAUUCUCAGAAUCACUCUAAUCGACCCGGGAUAUAAACACCAGUAAUAAUUGUACUUCUUAAAUGCCUAUUAUUAUGUACUUUUAACAAAUUGAUACCUUACACAAAAAUGAUCUCAAAAGUACAAUGAAACCUGACUCUGGUGCAGUAAUUGGGGGGGUCAGUAAAAUCAAAUUUUUUCAUUUUAGCUGGGCAGGUUGUCGCAAUGAUUCAUCCACUGUCCCAACAAAUAUAAUACAUAUGAGGAAAUGAAGUAACAUGUACAAUAAAAUAAAACAAAAAAUUGUUCAUUGAUGAUCCUGCUUGAAGUCCCAGGCACUUUCUGGUAUUAAAUGAGACUGUCUUUUACCAGUGUGGUCAAACUGCUAAAACACAAAUGUCCAAGGUUGGCCAUGAUAGAAUAAAAAUAUUUAACAUUGAGUGGGAAUGCCCUUCCUUGUAUAACGGUUUGUGGUUCCUGCAAUCUCUACCAGUAGUUUUUUCCUAAUAAUAUUUCAGGAGGAGUGUAGAGUCUGAAGUCUACCCAGUGGCCAAGAUGGCAGAGCUGAAAAAGCUGAAAACCUGUGCUAGUGACAUGCAGGUCUUGGGGUCAGAGGUCGCCAUGCUAGGGGUGAGUCUAUCAGAUUCUCAAAGAGCUUCAAAAAAAUAUGAAUAUAUUCUUUAUUAAUUCUUUUAAAGAAAAAAUUUAUAACGGUAUAUAUUUUUAAUGGCUGCUAGUUUCUGAAAACAUAUUUAGGUUAACAUUGUAACUGCUUGGAUAUUCAGGACAUUUGCUUUUACUACCUUGGCAAAUUUCAGGUUUGAAUGGUUAAAUCUGGGUAACUUUUGCAUCAAGUAAUGCCAAAUGUUUAGAAAAUUUGUUUUUGUUUAUUACUAUUAAUGAAUUUUUUUAUUUGUUUUUAAUUGUAAGAGAUUGAUUAUUCCCAUUACCUCCCAUCACCCCCUCAAAGGUACAAAGUACCCCGACAGCCGAACACCUGGUCCAGUCGCUGAAUGAUGGAUCCAGUGUGGCCGAGCUGAUCAAGACGGUUUCCAGGGGCGGGGGUGCCCAUUUGGGGGAGGCGGUGGUCAAGGAGUUUGAGGUGGAGCUGGAGAGGCGGCAGGCUAAAAUUGACCAUUUGAAGGUAAGCGGCAUUUAAUUAAACAGAACGCAGCUUAAUAACUGAUGGGGUCAAUACUUGUGAUGGUUUUGGGGGUUAGUGAGUGUGGUGGCUUGAGGCGGCAGUUAUUGGAGCUGUCACCAUUAGGGCAGUGAAUUACACAGUUGUGGAUCCGAUGGCAAUGGCUUGUACAAAUUAGGAAAGCUGGAAUGAGGGAUACUAGCAGCUUGUACAGGUUAUGGGAGUUGGGGUUGAGGAUACUAGUGCGUUGUACAGUUAAGCGAGGAUACUAUAGGAUUGUACAAUAAGGAAAGCUGGAAUUGAGGAUACUUGUGACUUGUGCAGCUAAACAUGUUUAUUCUAAGUAUUUUUUUUUAAAAAGUGCAUGCAUUAAAUUAUGCAAAUCAGGAUAUCUCAUUGGCAUAAAUGUUGAGAUUUCAGCUUGUUUCAUAAAGUUUGUAUUAGCUCAUUCAAUUUCCUCCAAUACGAUAUAUAUAAAUAGUUUAAAAAUUGUAAAGUAAUUACUUUAUUUUUAAAUAAUUAUUUUGCAAAAGAGCUCCAUAUUUUUGCCACCGAUAGUCCAAAAAGGCUCUGUCUCAAGGGGGUUAAGGCUGUUGGGAUUGAGGAUGCUAGCGGACUGGACAUUUAAAAAAGUUGGGAAAUGGAUAAAAGUGGAUUUUAAAAUAAGGGCAUGGCAUUUCUAAGGUAGAGACUACUGGAUUAUAGAACUAGCAGAACUGAUUUCGUAAGGUAUUUUUUGAGGUGGUUAAUGGAAUGGAUAAUGUACAAAUAGGUUUUUAAAGGUGGGUGGGGGGGGGGGGGUUACAGGUCAAACAUUUCACAAGACAUAUGACCUCUGGUACAUUGUUUGUUCCCAUGCAGGCACAGAAUGAUGUCCUCACUGCCACAUUGGAAGAGAGCAAAUCUCACGCCGAACGUCUCAGUGUUCUCAUCGGCAAAUAUGAGUCAAACAACACAGCCUUACAGCUGGCAGCCGUCUUCUCUGACCACUGCAUGGAAGCCCAAGAUGUCCUCACGGCUCUGCUGGACACCGAGAUGGGAGUGCUCUUAGCCAACUGCCGGGCAGCCGGUCUUGGAGGACUAGGUAAAUGUGUUGGGCAUCUGUUACUGUGACUAGUUGUAGUGGCUGAGAAUGUGGACUCACAGCCAGGAGUAACUUAAUGUAAAAGGGGAAUUUUGAAGUUCAUUACUAAUCAACCAGGGACACCGAGGAAGGCAAGAUGUAUCUAGAAAUACAAAUAUUUAAAAUUAAAAUGGGGAGAUGAAUUAUCUGUGUUGUCAAUCUUAAAUGGGGAUUUAUCUUUUUAAUAUAUAAAAAUUCUUGUAAUAGCCCUCUUCCCCCCUUCCCCCCCCCCCCCCCCUCUCCCCCCAACUAUUCUUCCUGCCUCAAUGUUUUGCCCAUCAUUUGUGAUGAGUAGAAAUGUAUUUAAACUCAUAAUGCUAAUCUCAUGACAGGGGAAGGAGAUGACGACCAGGAGGAGAUAACUGCCAUACUGCAGCGUGCACACCAUGCUCGGAGGCGGGCUGAAGGCGUUGCCAGGCACCUGCUCACACGGCUGGACCGCAAUAAUCACAUGACGGUGGGGUCGUGCCACCCGUGGGAGGACUUGUCCACAAACAGUCGCACAGCCAGGUAGGAUGCCAGUAUUUCAUUGAGGAAUUCAUGUUGAGGGGAUGACUUUGAUGCUGCUCUGCGUAAAUCUGGUAACAUUAACCCUUCACUGAAAAGAUACUCAUGGCAAGCCCCAACAAAAGUCAAACUCUACCAGAUAGAUGCUACUGCGAAACCAUCGCCUAUCUUCAUGCUAUAUAAAAAUCCCAGUGACAUUGUGCACUGAAUUGUGUAAGCCCUAACUUUAAUGCCACUCCGCUUUAAAUGGAUUUUUAACAGGAUUUUUUUGGACGCCAAUUUCAAAAUUAAAUCAGAUCCUAUCACCCUAGAGAAGGUAACUGUCAGAUCCCGACACCCUAGGUAGAUAGUUAUAAUAUUAAAUCAUAUUACCCAAGAAGGGUUAUCUUGUCGUCGUGCGCCCCCCCUCCCCCCACCCUUUGGUUUAACUAAAAAUUAUCCCCCCCCCCCCAAUGGCUCUGUCAUUUUAUUUAAUCGUGCCCCAUGAGACAGAUGAUGUGAUCAUUCUUGUAUGUUUUAUGUAUCCCAGCACCAGCAGUACAAGCAGUUCAGGUGAUAUUGAUUUCAGCAAAGCUGAUGAGGUCAGACUCAGAGACCACAUACAACAACUCAAAUCUGAACGGGCGGCGGUCAGGACCACAGGUAAGAUCUAAACCUGAACCGUAGGCAUGUUUGCUUGAAACUAUCAGAAUUGUUGAUUCCAAAUGUUUGGUUGAUUUUACAAACUCAUUUUAUAUAAUAUUAUAUCUGACAAUAAUGACUUAAUUAGUGAUCAUUUUGAUUUUUUAAUCACUGGUGGAGCAUGCUGGUAAGUUCUGACAGACUGGGGAACAAAAGAAUUUAUCUUUUUGUCCUAACUUAAAGGGUAAGAAUUCACCCUUAUCGAGCUAAUGCCGAGGGUGGGAUGAAUUCUCUAAACAAAAAUUUUAAUUUUACUACAGUAUUUUUCUUCAAAGAAACAUGUCCCAUUUAUCUCUCAUCCAGUGCUAGAGCUAGAAAGUGUCCAUGUUGACCCAGUAACCAAUGAGCCCAGACGUCGGAUAGAAGCCCAGAGACUUGAUCUAGAGAAUGCUGUCUUAGUUCAGGAGCUGAUGGCAGUCAAGGAAGAAAAGGUUAGUGAUUUGUUUGUUGUUCAGUGAUCUGCUUUAGGUGAGUGAUUUUUAGACAUUUGAUUGUUGAUUAGCUUAGAGCCUUUGAGUCGAGGAGGGGCUAUUGGUUGGUGGAUGACUUAAGAUUGGUGUUUGGCAGAUAGUGCCUGCCACUGUCUUGUGGAAUAACUUGUAUGCCUUCUCACCUGAGGCAAAAUUUUAUAAUUGUAUUGUAUAUAUUUUGCAGGGAUUCUGUAGUAGUUUUAAAAUCUAUUGUAAAUCUUUUAUUUAAAUGUCAAGCUGAUCAAAGCAAUAUUUUCAUCUGACAGGCUGAGCUGAAAGCUCGCAGCUAUCUCCUGGAGAAAGAAAAGCGCGCCCUCGAACUCCGACUCAGCGGUAAGGAGACCCAGGAGCAGGCUUUCAGAGUUCAGAUAGAUUACCUCAAAGGUGAGCUGUCCUACCAACAACAGGGCAGCCAGUCACUGGGACUAACCGGGAUUGGUUUCCUGGCAGAAAUCAAGUCCCGUGAGCCAUGCGAGCUCAUCCAAGACCUGACGGUGUCUAUGGAGCGUGAGCACACUUUGAAAAACCGAGUCUCAGAGCUCAUGUCCACGCUUGAGAAAAUCUCUAGAAAUUCUGAGAGCCGUCACAAACAGUCUGCCGAGUUCGUCAAUGACUUGAAGAGAGCCAACUCUGCUCUCAUAGCUGCUUUUGAUAAGGCCAAGAAAAAAUACCAGGGGCGGCUCAAAAAGAUGGAAGGUCAGCUGAAAAACUUGCGUGAUAAGUACGAAAUGGAAACAACAGCCCUCAGGCAGAGGCUGACCACUUUAGAGACGAGAGGAGCCAGAACAAUGCCUAGUGAAACUUCACUCUAGUUAGACGAGUGCCGAACAUUGAAGAAUGUGAACUGAGACCAGUUUCAAAUUUGCUGUGUGAAUUCUCACAGCCGUUGUGCUUGCAAUACUCGGCAUUUACUUGUAACACGAAUCAUGAGAGACGUUUGCAGGACACCACCAAGAAACUUCCUCUGAAUUGUUCAAUUUUUUUGAACCAGCAAUAAGUAUUCUUACACAUGGGCUUCUUUACACAUUUACACAGAUGCAUAGAUAUAUGUUCCUGUUGACAUAUUUAAAUGCCGAUCACUGUACUUGCCCCAUGUCCAGUUUAUAAAUGGGUCUUGACUUUGAAAGUGAAGCUGGCUGCCAUUGGAUGUGUCACUGAGAUGAAACUGAAGGUAACCACCACUGAGAACACCUCCCUCCGUCUGUCUUUUGUGACGGUGAGGCAAGCAGCUGACCUCUUUCUUGCAUGGAAGCUCACCUUCACACGGAUGCCAGUUUAGGCCGAUCGUUCUAUUUUUAGCUCUGGCAAUAAGUUCGAGGUCAACACUGAUAACCAGUUUUCAGUGUGUAAGCAAUUAUUUUUAAACACUGUAUAUUUUUCAUCUUGUAAUGAGGAUGUGUUUUUGUAUUUUUUUAUUUAAAAAAAAAAAAGCAUUAAUUAUACCAACAUAAUCUACAGUCACGUUAAUUUUUAUUGUUGUAGUUAUAGAGUUGGAAUCUUCGCAGUCUGCCAUAUUCUAGUCAGUUUUACCUUUUGAUCUGUUGCAGUCGGUUUUGUAGCUCGCUUAUCGCUGAUGCAUAAUUAAAUGUGGUCUUUGUAUUGAGGCUUUUCUUUUUUUAAAAUACAUUUUUGUAGAUACAUUUUUGCAUCUCCUUGCUAAAUACCCCGAGUGCGCAACCUGACAGUUUUCCCAACUGGCCUGGGAUAAGCAAAAGCCUCCCGCUGACUGUCGUGGGAAGCUGUUAGCUUUAUCCGAACACUUUAACAAAAACUUACUGAUAGAAGGCUAACUAUUGAAGGACUGCAUUCAAGCUAUUUGAAUGAAAUAGUAUAACAAGGUAUGUUGAGGCUGGAAUCAUACCUUGUUAUACUAUUACUAUUUCAUGCAUAGACGGCUCAAGCGUGUAAUGCCUGAAUUGAUUUUUGAUAUUUUUGAUAAUCACUUGCCUUGUUUUAGAGGCCCAAUGCUUUUAGAAUAUUGAUUUCAAAGUAAUCAUUUCAGUCAAAUUUGAAUCUGUAAGUUAAGAAAUAUCAGUAAAUUAGGCCACUCUCAGUGACUUUUCAUGAUUAAAUUCUCAGCCUCCACUUAAAGAAUUACUGGUACUUCAAAAUCUAUAUGUUAUUUUUAGUACCAGGGUACUAUCGUGUGGUCUCAACUGUAUAAAAAUUUUAUAAGCAAUAUCUGAGACCCCCUUAUUAGUUCCAGGUCUUAAAUUAAGAUCUCUGGCAUUAAGGCUAUUUUGGGGGACCUCCUUUUAUUGAGGGAAAUUGAAAAUGAUAAAAAUAAUCAUUUAAGAAACAUUUAAAGACUUUUUUUCUUUAAAUAGAUUUCAGAACAUCAGAGCGUUGUGAGAAUGCCAAAAUAGCACAGAUAUAAGUGCUAUAAAAGUGUUCAAUCAAUCAAUCAAUCCUAGUUUGUUUGUUUUUUUAUAGUUAAAAACUAAAUUGUGUUGUCUUCCAGUGGGCUCUGUGCAGCUUAGCUUUCUAUUAAACGUCAACUCAAUUUUUUUGUAACGCUGUCACACUUCAGAUUAAUAUCAAACCCGAUAGAUUAAGCAAGCUUAAGUAAAGGACAUAAAAUAUCGCUGCUUCCUGGUACUGGAAAUCAGGAUUUAAUAUCAUUUGUACAUGUAUAGAAAUUCUUUCUCUAAUGGGGAUGAAGCCCUAAUUAGACACCUUUUAAUGGGGAUGAAGCCCUAGUUAGACACCUCUUUGUGGGGAUGAAACCCUAGUUAGACACCUCUGUAAGAAUGAAGCCCUAGUUAGACACCUUUGUUGGGAUGAAGCCCUAGUUAGACACCUCUUUGUGGGGAUGAAGCCCUAGUUAGACACCUUUGUUGGGAUGAAGCCCUAGUUAGACACCUCUUUGUGGGGAUGAAGCCCUAGUUAGACACCUCUGUGGGAUGAAGCCUUAGUUAGACACCUCUUUAUGGGGAUUAAGCCCUAGUUAGACACCUUUGUAAGAAUGAAGCCCUAGUUAGACACCUUUGUUGGGAUGAAGCCCUAGUUAGACACCUCUUUGUGGGGAUGAAGCCCUAGUUAGACACCUUUGUGGAGCAUGAAGUUUCACAAUACUUUAAUUAUCUGAUGAUUUUAACGCAGCUUUACAACAAAAACAAUUUCUGACCCCAUGUUUAACAUGAUGAACACAUUUCUUGAAGUUUAUGGUUAAAUUUAGUUUUAAGGGUGGAGGAUCAGAAAUCAGGAUUUUCUAUUGUAUCCUAACUAUUGGUCUUCAAAUACUAUCUAAACUUUAAUUUAUUUCGGUUUCCCCAUUUUUUUUAAGUUGCUAUUUCUAUCCACGGCUGUUUAUUCAUCUUCCCUCUUAUUUUUUUAAUUUUUACCUAGCUGAUUUCAAGGGGACAGUAUGUGAAUAAAUAGUCUCACAUCAUACAGACCAUUAAUACAAUGGGCCAAGCCUGGCCUUUUGAUAUUCUGUGUUUUCCAUGUUGAUAGUUGUGACCUACUUGCCAUACAUGUCAGUGAAGGGGGAUUUGAAUCUCCACAGAUGUACUUAUUAUCUUGUUUUCACUUUAAUCCAGCCAUUAUUGUAUACACCGUUGCAUAAUAAUUUAAAUACCUCCAUAUGUCCACAUAAUGACUGUAAUGGAUUAUGUUCAGCCAAAAGCAAUACAUUGGUGUCAUUUUUUGUUUGUUCUCUAGUUUUGGUGUCAUUCUGUGAUGCAUUAAAUGCUUACACAAACAUAAUUCCAGUCUGGUCUGCAG